GAGAGGCACGUUUUGCUUCAAGGGGUGGAGGCCGGGAGCUGGACCUGGAAAGGCCAGUAGAACGUCCGCAGUGGAGAUGUGGGAGGCGGAAAGGAAGGGAAUAUUCCCAGCAGAGGAAAUUGCACCGAGAGAGGCAUGGGGCUGGGGAACUCGGGCACAUCCAAGGCACGAGGCGCAAUCCCGGAUAGAAUAGGUUUUGCAGUGGAAUAUGGUGAUAGGCUGCGUGAGGGCCAGAGGGCUUGAGUCUGUUGACUUCGGAUUUUCUUCUGAGGGUGUUUGGCUUUUUAUUGGGGGGAAAGUCCACAGUGUACCUGCCAAACAAUCACUCUUCCUACAUAAUCCAUGAACUGAAGAAGAAGAAAAGCAAAAAGAUUCUGGAGGGAAGUGUGAGGAGCGGGGGGGACAUUAUAGGUAUCAUCUUAACUAGUAUGAUGGGAAGGUGCUGUUAGCCAAGAGCCCUGGGUUUUAAGCAGCAUAUUUCAGCACUGGCUCUGAAGACUUACAGAGGUGGUCACAUGGUUAGCAGCAGUGUCUGAAACGUUGGCAAGCACUAUAUUAUUCCAGCAGGUUCACAUGAAUCAGUGAUCGGGUGUCAGACUUGCAUUUCCCCACCCGCUUUCAGAAACAACGGUCAUAUAUUGGGGUGAAUGACAAUUGCAGUGUGCUUGCCGGACUAAAAUCAUUGCAGCCACUUCUUGUGCUCCAAGGCAUAAGCAGGUUAUCCGCUAGGAAACUGGGAAGAAAUCUUUUAUUCCUUUGAAUCGAAGAGCCCACUGCUGGGUGACUGCUGUUUUAGCUUUGCUAUCUGUGCACUGACAGAUGCGAAAUGCUGCGUUCCAAGCACCGUUUUCCCUUGUAGUUUGGCUUUUGAAAAAGGCCUUAUCUUGUAGUGACACAGAUGAGUGAUGUAAAUGUCUAGAAUUUGCUUCAGAAUCAUCGGGGAGUGGUGAUGUGAGUGGAAGCAUAGAGCAAACAAGACCAUCCCCAUGUUGGUCAUAGUAAAAGCCAGGCAAGGAAUUCGUGGAAAGUUAUGCCAUGCUCUACAUUGGUAUGUUUGGAAUUCUUGGUAGUAGAGUUAAGAAAAAUUUUUUAAAUGUUUUUAUUGAUUUUAGAGCGAGAGAAGAGAGAGGGAGAAACAUCCAGGUGAGAGAGAAACAUCUAGCAGCUGCCUCCUACACACCACUGACGGGUAAAUUGAACCAGUGACUUCUCAGUGCAUGUUUUGAUGCUCAACCAACUGAGCCACACUGGCCAGGGCCUUGGUAGUAAAGUUUUUUUAAAUGACAUUUCUGUAGCAUUUCCCAGGCUGGUUUUCCUGACCAUUUUAAAGUCUCUAAAAGGUGAGCCUAGCUUUUGAUCCUCGGUUUUGAUUCAUUCUCUACAUUACAGUUAGUUCCUGGAGUUAGUAAGUUCCCUAUGGUGGUUAAGCUGGAGGAUAAUACGUAUCUCAAACUCAGAACAUGAACGAUUGGAUGCCCAUCGCCAAGGAGUAUGACCCCCUUAAAGCUGGCAGCAUCGAUGGCACGGAUGAGGACCCCCACGACCGCGCCGUCUGGAGGGCAAUGCUGGCGCAAUACACCCCCAACAAAGGCGUCACGGGGGACCCCCUCCUCACCCUGUUUGUGGCCAGACUAAACUUGCAGACCAAAGAGGAGAAGUUAAAGGAGGUAUUUUCCCGCUACGGGGACAUCCGGCGGCUUCGGCUGGUGCGGGACCUGGUCACGGGCUUCUCCAAGGGCUACGCUUUCAUCGAGUACAAGGAGGAGCGCUCCCUGCUCAGAGCCUACCGGGACGCUGACGGCCUGCUCAUCGACCAGCACGAGAUAUUUGUGGACUACGAACUGGAAAGGACUCUCAAAGGGUGGAUCCCUCGGCGGCUGGGAGGAGGCCUGGGGGGAAAAAAGGAAUCUGGGCAGCUGCGAUUUGGGGGGCGAGAUCGGCCUUUCCGAAAACCCAUUAAUUUGCCCGUUAUUAAAAGUGAUCAGUAUAGAGAGGGAAAGAGGGAGAAGAGGGAGCGCUCGCGAUCCCGAGAAAGACACUGGGAGUCAAGGACCAGGGAGCGAGACCAUGACCGGGGCAGGGAGAAGAGGCGGCAGGAAAGAGAGCCAGCCAGGGCGUGGCCUGGAAAUGACUGGGAGAGAGAGAGGGAUUUCAGAGACGACCGGGCCAAGGGGAGGGAGAGGAGGGACAGGAGUAAGUAGAGGCUCAGAGCCUCCGCCAGCAGAGCCCAAAAGAAGGUAGAACAGAAGUAAAAGCACAGAGAGGUCUGCGUUGCCUUUAUACAAAGGGUAACCAGUGCUGAAUGAAGCUCCCUGAUGAUGCUCUGGCUCAGGUGGCACAGUCAGUUGGGCGUCGUCCGUGCACUGAAAGGUGCUGGUUCGAAUCCUGGUCAGGCCACAUGCCCCGGGUGAUCGAUGUUUCUCUUUCUCCCUCCCUUCCUCUCUAAAAAAUCAAUUAAAAAAUAUUUAAGAACAAACAAACUUACUGAUGAUAAGGCAGUUUGGGCAAGUUUCCUUUCUAAUCUGAAACCCAGGUUCAAGCUGAACACACUGAUGUCAUGCAUGUCUCUUCAUCUUGGAGUUCUGAGGGCACGUUAUCUAAUAAGCUCUGAGAAAUAACUUUGUACCAAAGGGUAUGUGCAAGGAGCCACCGGUCUUUCGUUCAGCAAUAGGGGAUUGGUUUUGAGGAUUUAUUUUCUCCCAUCUAUUAGAAAUGACCAUUUGAGGGCCUGGCAAAAAGAGGUGAUGGCCCAAAAUCAUUUGUAUUGACCUGUGACUCCUGGGAACCCGGAUCCGGUCAGAAUAUGUUGUAACUUUUCCAUCCUUAUGUCUAUAGUACAAGGAAUUGUGAAUUGAAAUAAAAAUGUGAUAGAAAAGUGAAUCUGAGGAAAAUUUCCAGAGACUUAAUACUACAUCAUUCCUUCCUGCCAAAACAACCCAGCAGCCCUUGGCCCCUGGCCCCUGGCCCCAGUCCCUGUGUCCUUUUCACUGAAUGUGGUAAAAGUCUCAACAAUGACACGCAAAAAUUCCCCACCCCCUCUAGUCAGAGUGGAAGAAGACCUGGGGGGUCCUCACCCCCGCUGGUGACCCCCGCCCGGCUGUACCUGAAGGUGUCGUCAGGCAAGCCCUGGGGUCUCCACCGACAAUGAGGAGGUCUCCUAGGCUCUUGAGGAAGAAGAGCAGAGAGGUCAGAGGCCCGCUGGGGCACAGGCCGUCGGCCAGAAAUCGGGGCCAGGCCUAUGGGCCACCCAGAAGCCACCUGGGGAGGCAGGAGAGACUGGGCCAGACCCAAACCUGUAGACUGUACAACCCCAAACAUGAACCCUGAUGUGCACUAUAGACUUUGGGUGACAGCGAUAUGUAGGUUCAUUGAUUGUAACAAAUGUCCCACUCUGCUGGGAGAUGUUGAUAAUGGGGGAGGCGCUGUUGCGGGGGAGGGGGCUUGUAGGAGGCAUAUGGGAAAUCUCUGUACCUUUCAAAUUUGCUGUGAACUUAAAACUGCUCUAAAAAAUGAAAUCUUAAAAAAAACAUAAUAGACAAAAUAUUUGAACAGAUUCUUCACAAGGGAAGAUGGAUGAGUGGCCAUACUGAGCAGAUGAAAAGAUGCUCCACAUUGUGAGUCAUCAGGGAAAUACCUCAAUUGAACCACCAUGAGACACCGUUGUGCAUUCACUGGAAUGACUGAAUUAAAACGAUUGCCAGUACCAAGUACGGAUAAGGAUUUGGAAUUCUCACACGUUGCUAGUGGGAAUGUCAAACAGUAUAAUCACUUUGAAAACGUUUUUCCUACAGCUAAACAUACCUUCAUUAUUGUGUGUGUGGGUGUCUUAAUCCUCACCCAAGGACAUGCUUAUAAAGAGGAAGGAA